AAAAACAAAACAAGAAGUCUUCUGGUAAACCUUAGCGGCCAAGUUAAGACAUUUUUGCUGCAAAAUAUUACAUCGGACCGAAGCUCCUCUUCAGCACAGAGGUAUUUCGAUUGUUUAAGUUGAAGGUUUCGUUGUGGGGGCAUACAAUACGUUAUUGUUAUUUCAACACAAAUGCAUUAUAAUAUAAUGUACGGAUGCAAGUUUCCUCUUGAUUUCUUAGACAGAAAGCUUUGCUGAAAUUCUUUGGCCUAAGAAAGGAAGCUGUGGCAGCUGUGUUGUUAUUGGUGGUGUGUUUGUGGAUCAGUGGUGGUUGACGUGAUUAGUAGGAGAUUUGAACAUGAGUUCACGCAGCAGGAGCAGUAGCAGGAGCCGAGGUCAUAGUCGGAGUCGGAGUCGAAGCAGGAGUCCACGAGAUCGCAGGAUCCGAUCUCGACAUUCUUCACAUCGUGACGCUCCUUUAAGGAGGGAGGCACGUCGCGGUUUCAGCCAAGGCAAUCUGUGCAACAACUGCAAGCGACCUGGUCAUUUUGCGAGAGAAUGCCCUAAUGUUGCUGUCUGUAACAACUGUGGUCUUCCUGGGCACAUUGCAUCAGAGUGCACUGCACAAGCACGAUGUUGGAAUUGUCGAGAACCUGGGCAUGUGGCAAGCAACUGUCAUAAUGAGGGCAUCUGCCACUCGUGUGGAAAAGCUGGACAUCGUGCUAGAGACUGCCCAAACUCUGAGCAGCCAGUUGGAGACUCAAGACUCUGCAACAAUUGCUACAAGCUAGGGCAUAUUGCAGCUGACUGUACAAAUGACAAAGCAUGCAAGAAUUGCAGGAAAACAGGCCACAUAGCACGUGAUUGUCAGCAUGAACCUGUCUGCAAUGUGUGCAACAUAUCCGGGCAUGUGGCUCGGCAAUGCCCCAAGGGGAAUUUUCUCGGUGAGAGGAGUGGUGGGGGUAGAUACAGUGGCUAUCGUGAUGUGAUCUGCCGGAACUGCAACCAGGUUGGCCACAUGAGCAGGGAUUGCAUAGGUCCCAUGAUCAUAUGCCACAACUGUGGAGGCAGGGGCCACAUGGCAUAUGAGUGCCCAUCAGGGAGAAUAGCAGAUCGUGGAUACCGCCGGUUUUGAUUUUAAGUUUUCAUGAAUAGGUCUGAACUGCUUUGGAGGAUUGAAAAUCAUGUUUUGUAUUGAGUUAUGUUGGUUACAGACACAGUUAAUUUUUCAGCAACUGGAUUAGGGCCUCGACCCUCUUUAUUGCCUCAAAGGAUAUUUUGCUGUCUUAACAUAUUAUUUGUGUUUUUAGUAAACUUGAGAUUUUUAUUUCA